GCGAUUGGUUGGACCCAACAGCACGUCAUGUCAAGCCAAUGCCGACCGAGCCUUGUUCUAUCCUCGCCGCCGCCGCCGCGCCGCCGCCUCGUCUCCCUCGGAGACUCCUCGUUCCCGCGCGCUCCCGCCCGCCGCAGGUUAAUCAAAGGUUGAAGCUAAAUUUUAUGCCUCAUUGUUUGAUCUGAAGGCAAAUAAAGUUAUCCUCCAAUCUGAAGGCAGAAAAAGGAUUAUCAAGAUUUUUUCUAUAGGAUAAAGUUUUCUCAGCUAGUUGCUUGACAUUGGAGAGCCCAGUGGUGGUUGUAUACCUUGAAAGGAAUUCUUUGUAAAUUUCCCCCGUAUCUGGUUUUAUUAGUAUCAUUAUUUUUCUGGCAUUGGGCAAUCAUGUCAGAGAGCGAGUUAGCAGUAAUAAAACCAGAGGCAUUGAAGACUUAUAUAUGGCUUCAGUGCUUUGAUGGUUCCAUACAGCAAGUGGAAGAGGAAGUUGCAAUGUUCUGCCCUAUGAUAUGUCGGGAAAUAGUAAAAAAUGGGACAGGAUCAUCUAAAAAUCAUGCUAUUGUCCUCCCAGAAAGAGUUAAUCCGGCAAGCUUGAGUUUGAUUCUUGACUACUGUCGGUUUCAUCAGGUCCCUGGGCGCUCAAACAAGGAGCGUAAGUCAUUCGAUGAAAAGUUUGUCCGGAUAGACACAGAAAAACUCUGCAAGUUGGCUUCUGCAGCCCUCGGUCUACAGUUAAGGCCACUAGUUGAUCUUACUUGUGGAGCACUUGCUCGAAUCAUCGGAGGAAAGACACCCGAUGAAGUUCGAGAUAUCUUUCAUUUACCAGAUGACUUGACAGAGGAAGAGAAAUUGGAGCCGCUAAAAAAUAUAAAUGCUGAUCCUACAAUUCGUUUAUUGAACCGGUUGUAUGCAAAGAAGCGGAAAGAACUCCAGGAGCGCCAGAAACUAAAGGAUGUUCAAACACAGGAAGAGCAAAAGGAUGAGAGAUCUUUGGAUGAAUUACUUUGUUUUAUAAAUGGUGAUGGAGAUUCUAGGGGCGGGAAAGCUGCUAAGAAUAAGAGAAAGAAUAAAAGAAGGAAAGAUCAAGCUAAGAAUCCCGCAAAAGCGAACUCUGAACCUGUAAAUAAGUUCAGGAGGGAGCUAGCUGUGUGGUUCCGCGCAAAGCAGAUAGUGGUAAUAUUUCUGGGCUUCCUUGCCGAAGGCCAGAUUUGCAGGGCGAUAUCGACCCCUUUGACGAUGCUGAACUCGAUGAUGGACUUGAUCCUGCAAUGAGGGAAGAGAUCGAUAGAGAAGUGGCGGACUUUGCAAUGAAGUUGAACUUAGUUUGGCCCGAAAGAAUGCGUUUGGACCAGGACCAACGGAUGGAGUCGCAUGUUGGUGCGCGGUGGUAAAUGGUUCUCGCAGAAUUCUCUGUUAGUUUUUCUGCAUAGAAUUAUCUUGAUGAGGUUUUUUGCUGUUAGAGUGGCGGAAAGCCUUAGGCAGGGAGGAGUUUUGUUCGAGAGAAACACAGGACGACAUUGCAAGCAGCAAUAGUUUGUUCUGUGACUUGUAUGUACCCUGCUUUUCAUCAAGAAAGUAGUGUACAACCUGUGUUACCCCCCAAAAAGAAGUGGAGUGACUUGUGAGUGUAACCAGAAGUUUUGAACCUAUGUAUGUUCAUUAAUUUUGACAGGAACUCAUCUUUAUGAAUAAAUACAAGGGUAAAGAAUGUUGUGUCUUGGAA